AUGCUCUCUCGUGUACCCGACAUCCCGGGAACGCUCUUGGAAGAUCAGGAGACGCACUACCACCUUUCCGAACGUGUCUCUCAGCUAUGCGGUCUAUCAAAUAACAGAUUCCCUGGCUCGCAACCAGUUUCAUUCACCGUCGCCUCCCUCGAAAUGCUCGAGAAGAUGGAUUUCUGGGUAUGUGAGAAGAGUGAUGGUGUGAGGGUAUUGGUAUUCAUAGUGUACAACAAGAUGAGUCAGCAGCAAGAGGUUUGGUUGAUUGAUCGAAAACAACGUUAUUUCCGAAUACAAGACCUUCACUUCCCUCAUUGGGAAAAAGCAGAUCAACCUCUACAAGAAACUCUUCUGGAUGGAGAGAUGGUCCUUGACUACGACUCUCGUACCAAUGUCGAAACCCUCAGGUUGUACGCUUUUGACUGUCUAGUGCUCAACGGAGAGAAUAUCAUGCAGAAACCCAUGGCUAAACGUUAUGGACGACUCAAAGUGUGGGUCAUCGAACCAUGGCAGAAAGCGUUGAAAGCGUAUCCUGAAUGGAGGGAAUCUCUGCCUUUCGAUGUCGUUGCGAAGGAGCAAGAAUUGUCAUAUCACAUUAAACAAGUGUUAAACGUCCACAUACCCAGACUUCAACAUGGACACGAUGGUCUCAUCUUUACUUGUGCCGAGUCACAGUAUGUCUCAGGGACAGAUGAGAAAAUUCUCAAAUGGAAACCUCCUUCGGAAAACUCUAUAGAUUUCAAACUCGAACUUCGUUUCCCUCCUGACCGUCCGGGAUCUUCUCAGCCGGAUUUUUACGCAAAACCAGAAUUCCAUCUAUAUACUUGGUUGGGAAAGGAAGAAUAUGAAUUCUAUGAUAUAAUGGAUGUCGAUGAUGAUGAGUGGGAGAGGAUGAAAGAGACAAACGAGCAAUACGACGAUCGUAUCAUUGAAGUUUGCUGGGAUUUUUCAAAAGGUACAUGGAAAAUGAUGAGAUUAAGGGAUGAUAAACCUCAUGCAAAUCAUAAGAGUAUAAUGGAGAAGAUACUCGUGAGCAUUGAAGAUGGUGUAGAAAUUGAGGCUUUACUAGCCCACACGGACUCUAUUCGACAUGCUUGGAAAUCUCGAGAAGCUCAUCGAAACCCUAAUUCUCAUUCUGACCCUUCUCAAUCUUUACCUCAAUCAAAAUCCCAACCCACACUCCCUCCUACCACACCGGGAAUCCCAACUUAUCCCGCCACACCGGGUAAUGUGAACCAUCCCAUCACUCCUGCCGGUUGGGCACCCGUCACUCCUGGACCGACACCAGGUCAUGGACUCGUCCCUGGUCUCAAGAGAUGA